AUGGUAAUAUACAGUGGAGUCGGUAAGGACGAACAUGCGAAAGAAGGAGUAGCACUGGCAAUACACAAGAAAUAUACAAACAGCAUAGAAGAAUGUCAAUAUACAUCAUCUCGCAUACUAAUCGUUAAACUGCGAACAGAAACUCAAUUAUUAAAUAUAAUAUCGAUAUAUGCACCCGAAGAUAAUAAGCCAAAACAAGAGCGAGAAAGUUCCUAUGAACAGCUUCAAAAUAUUACAGAAUCAUUACCACAGAAUAAAUCGAUAAUAAUCCUUCUAGAUUUUAACGCACGUAUUGGUAACGAAGUGAUACCAGGCGUAAAACAACGCUUUAACGAAAAUAUAUUGAACGACAAUGGGGAAUUGCUGAUGAACCUAUGUUCGCUAUGUGAUCUAAGAAUCAACAACACCUUCUUUGAUCUCAAACCACAGUACAAAUCCACCUUCCGUAACUCCCGGGGACAACAAUCAACAACAGACUACAUCGUAACCAAUAGACAUAUACACCCCGCACAGAUACAAGAAGUAAGGACAUUAAACUCCGCGAUUGCAGGAAGUGACCACAGUUUGCAUCUGGGAAAAAUCAAAAUGAAACUUAACCUGGGAAGGAAUAGAGAACCAAGAGCACACACAGAAAAAAUAAACAUCGAAUCCAUGUGGGACACAACCAUAAAAGAACUAUAUCAAAACCGUUUAAAAGGGAAAAUCGAUAAAAACCCGAUAGAAGAAAAUGAUGAUAUUAACAACAGUUGGAUUGAAGAACAAGAGAUUAAAAGAAAAUAUCAUAGAAGCAGCAAGUGA